UUUAUCACAUUCUUUCCUUGGAGGAAAAAACCUAUAAUGGCAGCAGGCCGUAAAAGAGACCCAGUUUGGCAAUAUUUUAAUGAAGUUCCUUUACCUAUCGGUAAGGCAGGCAUGCGUGCAAAAUGCAAACACUGCAACAAAGAAAUGCAAGGCCUGGUGGCCCGAAUGAGGCAACAUCAUGAGAAGUGCUGUGAUGAAGAUGACCAAAGAAACACAUUUGAACAGGCAGGAUCUUCAGGGGAAUUCAUGGAUUCUGGAAACUAUCCACCUUCAAGAUCACCAUCCUCCUGUUCUACAGUUUCAGAGUUAUCCAUCCAGGAUAGUGCUUCAUUAGCAUCAUCAUCAGACACCCACAGCCACAUAUCACUAUCACCUAAAAGAAAGAAAAAAUCCUUCCCUCCUGGAACCACCAUAGAUAAGUUUGUGAUAAAAACUAGCAGAUUAGAAAAAGAGUUAAUUGAUGAAAAAAUUGCCCAGUUUGUUUAUGCAACGAACUCUUCUUUCCGUCUGACUGAGAACCCACAUUUCAUUAAUAUGGUUCAGUCACUGAGACCAGGAUACAGUCCACCCAGCAGAGCAGAUGUUGCAGGGAAACUGCUGGAUAAAGUGUAUGACAGAGAAAUGGAGCAAUGUGCAACAGCUCUGGAGGGUAGAAUUGUUAACCUAAGUAUUGAUGGGUGGAGUAAUGUCCACAAUGAUCCUAUUGUAUGUGCUAGUAUAACACCAGAAGAAGGGAAAGUCUUCCUUGCACAAACAAUUGAUACGUCAGGAAAUGCACACACAGCAGAAUACUUACAAGAAGUGGCAGUAAAAGCUAUAAUAACAUGUGAACAAAAAUUCAAAUGUCUAGUACGCAGUUUGGUCACAGACAAUGCUGCAAAUGUAUCCAAGAUGAGAAGAAAUUUAGAAGAGCAGGAAGGGAAUACAAAGCUAAUAACAUAUGGUUGCAGUGCUCAUUUGCUGCAUCUCUUAGCCAAAGACUUAAGUGUUCCAGAAAUAAAGACUAAUGUUGUUGAAAUUGCUAAAUACUUCCGUAACAAUCACUUUGCUGCAGCAGCUCUGAAAAGGAUGGGUGGAACCAAGCUAACGCUCCCACAAGAUGUUAGAUGGAACUCUGUGGUGGACUGUUUUGAGCAGUAUAUCAAGAACUGGCCUAUUGGGAUGACAGUUUGUGAACAAAAUCGAGAUAAAAUAGAUGGCACUGUCACGGCCAAAAUCCUCAACAUUGGGCUUAAGAGAAAUGUUGAACAUAUGCUGAGCAUCCUGAAACCCAUCUCUGAAUCUUUAAACAAAAUACAGAAAAAUAGCUGUUUUAUUGCUGAUGCUGUUGAAAUUUGGAAGGAACUGAGUGAACACUUAAAAACAGAACUACACAUGGACAGAAUUAAAUUACAAGCAUUAAAAAAACGAAUGGGACAAGUACUGUCUCCAGCUCAUUUUUUGGCAAAUAUUGUCAAUAUCCAGUACCAGGGUCAAAACUUAAGUGCUGAGAAAGAGGAAUUAGCUAUGACAUGGGUAUCCAGCAAUCAUCCAUCUGUAAUGACAACUAUAAUAAACUUCAAAGCUAAGGGGGAACCAUUCAAGAAAUAUGUUUGCUGAAGAUAUUUUAAAGAAAGUCACACCAGUGAACUGGUGGAAGUCACUUAAGCACUUGGAUUUAGAGACUGUUCAAGUAAUGAUUUCACUUUUAACAGCAGUAGCUUCUU